AUGAAGUUCUCCCUCGCAGCCGUGUCGGCUCUGGUGACCAGCGCCAUGGCAAACCCAACUCCUAAGGCCGCGGAGGGCGCGAAGGAGAUGUGCGGAGCCUUUGGCAGCGCGCCCACUGCUGGGUACACCGUCUACCACAACAACUGGGGCGCGGCGCAAGCCUCGUCUGGCUCACAAUGUACGACUUUAGAAAAAGUUUCCUCGGCCAGCCCGCCCUCAUUUGCGUGGUCGACGUCGUGGUCAUGGGCCGGUGGGUCCAACCAGGUCAAGUCGUACAGCAACGUUGCGCUUGAGAAGGUCAACAAGGAGCUCUCGGCCAUCUCGUCCAUUCCCUCCGUUUGGAACUGGAAGUACACCGGCAACAACAUGGUGGCGGACGUCGCAUACGACUUGUGGCUCGCUCCCACGGUCGGAGCCAACAACAAGUAUGAGAUUAUGAUCUGGGUCGGCACUUUCGGGGGCGCUGGCCCCAUCUCCGCCAAAUACGACGGAUCCGGCAACCCUGUCCCGGUCGCGAGCCCGACCAUCCUGGGGGUCAAGUGGAAGGUCUACAAGGGGACCAAUGGCGACACCACCGUCUUCUCCUUCAUCCCCCCCUCCAACAUCGAUAAGUUCAAGGGCGACCUCAAGCUCUUCUUCGACUACCUGACCUCCAGCGAGGGCGUCCCCACUUCGUCCGUCGUCACCAGCUUGCAGGCUGGGACGGAGCCUUUUACUGGCUCGAAAGCUGUCUUCAAGACCUCCGCAUACACGAUCAAGGUUACCUGA